AUGGUCUUUCAAGCACAACCAAGCGGUAACACUACAAUCUUUGAAGAAAAGAACUCAAACAACAACGAAAAAGGUUACAAUGAAGACAAGAUCGAAGUAGUCCAUCCCUAUGGAAUAACCACAGAUGAUAAUUCCAACUCGAACUCAACUUCAACUGAGGAUCAUGAUUCCGUUUGUAAAUGUUACACAACGGGCGCCAAUAAUGAAUACGUCUAUAUAGGACAUCAAAAAUUCAUAAGAAAUGAUCUAACUGAAGCAUUCGGUGGUACCUUAAACCCCGGAUUAUCACCUCCAUCACAUCAUAAAUUUGCAAAUCCUGCUCCCCUGGGGCUAUGUGGGUUUGCCCUAACCACUUUCCUUUCUGGGAUGUUCAAUGCAAGAGCUCAGGGUAUUCAAGUUCAUAAUGUCAUUGUUGGAUGUGCCAUAUUCUACGGCGGGUUGGUACAAUUGAUUGCUGGCAUUUGGGAAAUUGCAUUGGAAAACACAUUCGGUGGUACUGCAUUAUGUUCUUAUGGUGGGUAUUGGAUGAGUUAUGGAGCAAUUUAUAUUCCAUGGUUUGGUAUAUUAGAUGCUUAUAAGGAGGAUGAAUCUGAUUUUGCCAACGCUAUGGGUAUCUAUUUGUUAAGUUGGUCCAUUUUCACUUUUGGAUUGACUUUUUGUACUUUGAAAUCUACUGUUAUGUUCUCCACUUUGUUUUUCCUAGUUGCAUUGACUUAUUUAUUGAACUCAAUCAGUGAAUUUACUGGGAGCCCAAAGGUUCAAAGAGCUGGUGGUAUUGUCGGUAUAAUUGUUUCUUUUCUUGCUUGGUAUAAUGCAUAUACAGGUGUGGCCAAUAGAGAAAAUUCUUAUAUCGUUAUAACACCUCUUCAAUUACCAUCUAAUGAUCGAACCAUUUAUUGA